CCUUUGGGGGGGCCGGGGCGGGGGAUGAGCCGCGGCUGAUGAGAAACUUUGGAGAUUCGGUAGAUGGCUCUCGACCGGGGCAGCUGCUCUCGGCGCGGCGUGGAGAGGGUUCGUGCAGACAUUUCCUUGCCGUGCGAAGAGGAUCGCAGGAGGAGGCCGCCUGCGGCACAUCUCGGACGGUCAGAGCCAUGUGUCGGCACUGGUGACCACACAGCGAGGACGAUGAGGCCGCCACCGAGCAGGGCAGGGCCCGGGAGGAGGAGACAGGGGCCCCUGCCCAGAGCCCACGCGCUGCCCAGCGGCAUCCCUGCCACCCGGCCGCUGCCCUCCCCCGGGAGACGCACUCUCUGGACCCCUGUGAGGCCCCUCAUGGCCCUGCUGCUCCUGGUCUCCAUCAAGCAAGUUGCAGGAUCUCUCCUUGAGGAGACAACUCGGAAGUGGGCUCAGUACAAAGAGAAGUGUCUGAGAGACUUGCUCAAGGAACCUUCUGGCACAGUUUGUAACGGGACCUUCGAUCAGUACGUGUGCUGGCCUCAUUCCUCUCCGGGAAAUGUCUCCGUCCCCUGCCCUUCAUACUUACCUUGGUGGCGUGAAGAGAACUCAGGAAGGGCCUACAGAUACUGCCUGUCUCGGGGCACUUGGCAGACGCAGGAGAACUCCACAGAUAUUUGGCAGGACGACUCCGAAUGCUCUGAGAAUCACAGCUUCAAACAAAACGUGGAACAUCACGCCCUGCUGUCGAGCCUGCAGCUGUUGUACACGGUGGGGUACUCCCUCUCCAUUGUCUCCCUCUUCUUGGCUCUCACCCUUCUCUUGUUUCUUCGAAAACUCCACUGCACCCGCAACUACAUCCACAUGAACUUGUUUGCUUCUUUCAUCCUGAGAGCCCUGGCUGUGCUGGUGAAGGAUGUCAUCUUCUACAACUCUUAUUCCAAGAGGCCCGACAACGAGCAGGAGUGGAUGUCCUACGUGUCAGAGAUGGCGGCCUCCUGCCGCUCGGCGCAGGUUCUCCUGCACUACUUUGUGGGCGCCAAUUACUCGUGGCUGCUGGUUGAAGGGCUUUACCUCCGCACGCUGCUGGAGCCCAUAGCGCUUUCUGAAAGGCGGCUGUGGCCCAGAUACCUGCUGGUGGGCUGGGCCUUCCCGGUGCUGUCUGUUGUUCCUUGGAGCAUCGCCCGUGCACAGCUGGAGAACACAGGGUGCUGGGUAACCAACAGGAAUAAGAGUAUCUGGUGGAUCAUCCGAGGACCCAUGCUGCUGUGUGUCAUGGUCAAUUUCUUCAUCUUCCUGAAAAUUCUCAAGCUUCUCAUUUCUAAGCUCAAAGCUCAUCAAAUGUGCUUCAGGGAUUAUAAAUACAGACUGGCCAAGUCAACGCUGGUCCUCAUUCCCUUACUGGGUGUUCACGAGAUUCUCUUCUCUUUCAUCACUGACGAUCAAGUGGAAGGAUUCUCCAAACUUAUCCGACUCUUCAUUCAGUUGACUCUGAGCUCCUUCCACGGACUACUCGUGGCCUUGCAGUAUUGCUUUGCCAACGGAGAGGUGAAGGCCGAGCUGCGGAAGCAGUGGGCCCGCUUCCUGCUGGCCCACCACUCGGGCUGCAGAGCCUGGGUCCUGGAGAAGAACUUCCGAUUCCUGGGGAAAUGUCCCAAGAAGCUCUCGGAGGGGACCGGUGCCGGGACGCUGGGGAAGGCGCAGCCCUCGUCUGGCGGCAGGCAGCUCCUGCACUUGACCGUGGAGGGCCUGGGGGAGUUGGGCGCCCCGCCCCGCCGCUGCCACGCCGCCUGGCCCCGGGGCAGCAGCCUGUCCGAGAGCAGCGAGGGGGACUUCACCCUGGCCCACACCAUGGAGGAGAUUCUCGAGGAGAGUGAGAUCUAGGCUUGGCUCCCGGGGGACUCCUGAGGCCAGCGGGAAGGAGGCGGCCAAGCCAGACGAUGCUGCUGCGGAGCAGAGUCAGCGUCCUCCCGCGCAUCCCGCCCGCACUGACACGUCCAUCUCCUGGCUCUUCCUGCUCUGUGUGGCAGAGGCUGCGCAAACACUCACCGCUUCUGCCUGCCCUCGUCAUCCUCAUCACCCCCAAAGGUGUGCUUUCUAGAAUGACCCCCAGCCUCGGGGGCUGGCCCUACAUUCAAGUGAAUGGAGCCCUAGGACACAGGGAGAUGUUCGCUGUGAAACAGGCCGACCGCCAUCCUUCCUUCACCCUUCACAGUACAAGGUGUGUAUCUGAAGUCGAGUUCAAGGUGUCCAAGGACCGCCUGCAAAGCGAUUUAAAUGCAGAGCCUGAAGCAUGGCAGAGAUUCUAAGAGACUGUGUCCGGGGCCAUGGAAUUGUGUAACACGCAUCCCAGGUAAUCCGGAUGCAAGCCCACACUGGGCAGGGUGUGCAGGAGCUAGAAGGCCCUCUGAGCCGGCAGAUGGUGGGAUACGGCCGGUGCGUCAGCGGUGACGUGCACGCCUUCCUCUGACAGUGUGGACCCCACAUCGCCCACCAGAGCCCACUCCUUUCCUUCUCUCCUCUUCCUCUCUUGUCAAGUCCUUCCUUGCUCUCUGCAUCUCAGUUCUCAUCUGUGGGCCGCAGAAGUUCUAUCUGAUCCAUAACAGCUCCAUCCUUCCUCCGAGGGUUGGGCCCUGCUCCCAGGGCUCCUGUGAAGGUUGCCGUUGGUCAUUUCCUCUGCUUUCUGGUUCCACUGGCCUUUCCGAGCUCGGCUUCUUCAAGCCUGCCUUGCCUACUGUUCUCUUGACUUGCCCUUGGUGCGUGGAUGGCUGUACCUCCUGCUCUGGGAGGUUUGCCCACUGCUCUCCCUGACCUGAGUCUGCACCGGUAAGACUCCGACUCCUCCGAUGGGAACGGGUGCUGAAAGCUGGAGGGGACCCAGGUGAAAUGCAAGGACUGGGGCUGAUCUGGACACACCCAGGGGGCCCUGAGGACCCGUUCUGCUGAUGGAGUGCAGGGUGCUUCUGGAGACUGAGGAGGGCCCAGGCAACCAGGGACAGGCUCAGUGGCUGAAACUGUAAGUCUAGAGGCUGAGGAAGAUCAAAGGAGGAACAUCCUCUGGAAACAGGGUGUCAGUGCUCAGAAGUGUGGCUGUUACAGUAUGUAAAAGUAUGUGUAUGUGGGUGGGUGGUGUGUUGUCAUGGAACCAAAUGCUGCCCUAUGUUAGGGGAAGGGGAUGAUAUGAUACCAUCAAGUAAGGUUGCCAGAUUUAGCAGUCGAUUAAAUUUGAAUUUCAGAUAAAUGAGUAACGUCAUUGUAUAAGUAUAGCCCAUAACUAGCCAUAAGUAUGUCCCAUGCAAUGUGCUUUCUCUGAGAUUCAAAUCUCAUUGCACAUCUUGUAUUUCACCUGGCAACUCUCUGGCCAAGAACAAGUUGCAGCUGGGCAGGGACGAGGGCGAGGCAAGUGAUGAACUUGGGAUGCAAAAUUUAAGAGAGUACUGAAAAAAAAACCCUCCAUUGUCAAGAUAAGUAACAGUUUAAUGCAAUAUUUUAAAAAAUCAAAUCUGCAAACUACAGCCUAUGGGGCAUUUAUAAAAAUAACAUUUUAUUGGAACCAGGGCCGGGAGGAGGGUGGGGCAAGUGAGGCCAUGAGAUGCAAAUGCAGGGUCUGGUCCUCACUAUUUACAGUUUUGAUAUUUUGCUCAUCAUGGACAUUUUAAGAUUAAUUUUUAUUUUUAAAUGAUUGCAUCAGAAUAUUUAUCUUGAUUACUGAGGUUUUUUUUGGCUCCUGAAGGUCAAAAUUAAAUUUUGCUCCAGAGGCCAGUGCCCAUCUUGCCUUUGCCCUAGUCCUGGCUCUGCUUUGCACCAGGGGAUACGGAAGCAAUGACAUUAGGCAAGUAUAUAAUAAAGUAAAGGUUUUUUGGGAGUGUCCAGAUUGUCUGUAGUUCAAUCAUUAAAAUAUGCAUUCUUCUCACUUUUCUUUUCUGCAAAUAUCCUGCCAUUUCUCAUCAGCCCAUUAGCUCCUGGAAAGCUGGGGCAUCUCGUAUUCUCAGCUUGUAUUCAGAGCAGGUGCUUAGAACACAUUCAUCAAAUGAGACAAGACAGAAAUGUCUCGGGAGCAUUGGAUGCUGUUGGGGGUCAGUUAUCUAGGACCUGGUCACUGAUAGAAGGAACUUUAAAAAAAAA